AUGUUUUUAAUACUUUUAAUUGGAGCAUUCAUCGCCUCUUCCAAUUCAGCUGUAUACAAUGCGGCAUCUUCCAAGCAUUCCUCUGCACAUACGGCGUCACUGGCACCACGAUAUUUGCAUUCACAAACUGCUCAAAAUCCUUGGGAAUUUUUAGUAUCUGAACAACACAAGAUUUUAGCUGCACAAGUAUCUGCCCCGGAAGGAUCCUAUGCAGCUCCAGAACCAGCUCCAUCAUCCUACGCUGCCUCCCGCUCUGUCCAUAAAUCUCACCCAGCACCGGCACAUGCACACUCUCCAUCAUCGUACGCUGGCUCCGACUCUGUCCGAGGAUCUCAUGCAGCUCCAGUACCAGCUCCAUCAUCCUACGCUGCCUCCCGCUCUGUCCAUAAAUCUAACGCAGCACCUGCACAUGCACACUCUCCAUCAUCGUACGCUGGCUCCGACUCUGUCCGAGGAUCUUAUGUAGCUCCAGCACCAGCUCCAUCCUCCUACGGUGGCUCCAGCUCUGCCCAUAAAUCUCACCCAGCACCGGCACAUGCACACUCUCCAUCAUCGUACGCUGGCUCCGACUCUGUCCGAGGAUCUUAUGCAGCUCCAGUACCAGCUCCAUCAUCCUACGCUGGCUCCAACUCUGCCCAUACAUCUCACGCAGCACCUGCACAUCCACACUCUUCAUCAUCGUACGCUGGCUCCGACUCUGUCCGAGGAUCUUAUGUAGCUCCAGCACCAGCUCCAUCCUCCUACGGUGGCUCCAGCUCUGCCCAUAAAUCUCACCCAGCACCGGCACAUGCACACUCUCCAUCAUCGUACGCUGCUGUACACAAUGCUGCGUCCUUUCGGUAUCCAUCCCCAGGAUCUUAUGCAGCUCCAGCACCUGCUCCAACAUUUUACGUAGACUCGAUCGCUGCCAGAGCACAUUAUGAAGAACCAGCACCAGCACCUGCUCCAUCUUCUUACGCUGGCUCCCAAGGAUCUUAUGCAGCGCCAGAGCCAACUGCAACAUUUUACAUAGGCUCAAACUCUGCCAGAGCACAUUAUGAAGAACCAGCACCUGCUCCAUCAUCUUACACUUCCUCUGGCUCUUCCCAGGGACCCUAUGCCGCGCCAGCACCGGCUCCAACAUCUCUCAUAGUCUCGAACUCUGCCAGAGCACAUUAUGAAGAACCAGCACCAGCACCUGCUCCAUCAUCGUACUUAGCCUCUAUCCCCGCCCAUGAAUCUUAUGCAGCACCAGAACCUGCUCCGUCACCCUACGCCGCCUCUGGCUCUUCGCACGGACCCCAUGCAGCACCAGUACCUCCUCCGUCAUCUUAUGCUGUCUCUGGCUCUUCCCACGGACACCAUGCUCCAUCAUCGUACUUACCUUCAAGCUCCGCCCAUGAAUCUUAUGCAGCACCAGCACCUGCUCCGUCACCCUACGCUGCCUCUGGCUCUUCCCACGGAGCCCAUGCAGUACCAGCACCUGCUCCAUCAUCGUACGUAGCCUCUAGCUCCGCCCAUGAAUCUUAUGCAGCACCAGCACCUGCUCCGUCACCCUACGCUGCCUCUGGCUCUUCCCACGGACCCCAUGCAGCACCAGCACCUGCACCAUCAUCGUACGUAGCCUCUAGCUCCGCCCAUGAAUCUUAUGCAGCACCAGCACCUGCUCCGUCACCCUACGCUGCCUCUGGCUCUUCCCACGGACCCCAUGCUCCAUCAUCGUACUUAGCCUCUAGCUCCGCCCAUGAAUCUUAUGCAGCACCAGAACCUGCUCCAUCACCCUACGCUGCCUCUGGCUCUUCCCGAGGACCCUAUGCAGCUCUUGCAAGAGAUCCAACAUGCUACGUUGCCUUCGAAAAAGCUCCAGCAUCUCACACUGCGCGCAGCUCUGCUCGAAAAUCUAAAGGAUCGCCAUUUGCACCUUUCUUUUUUUACCUGUAA